GCUGGUAAUCCAGUGUGUACACACGCACGCACGCACACCCCCAGCUGCAGACACCGAGGAAGAUCCCGGCCGCCGCACCAGAUGGGGAAAACUCUGGCUCCGCUCGUCCUGCGUCUCCUGGAGGCAGGCGAGUAGGGCCGAGGGAUUUCUGCUGCUUUCCUCGCCGCCCUCCCACGCAGCCCCCCCGGCUCCUGCCGGCGUCCUCCUUCCCCUGAGCGAGCGAGGGCUGCGGGGAGGAGAGGGAUGGAUGCAUGCGGGAGGAGGCGCUGAGGAUCGGGGCUUCCCUGCCUUGGAGUUGGAGAGCGUUUUUAGGAGAGCCCCGCGCUGCAGCCGGGCUCAGCACCGCGGUCCCCAGCUGCUCGUUCUCUGCGUGAGCUGCUGAGGCAGACCGGGAGCUGCAGGAUCAAUGGAGACGCACUGAAAGCCUAGGCACCUCCCCGCGGGCAGGGAACCCAUGCUGGUGCCAUGGAGGUCGCCAACAGCAGAGAUUUCCAGUGGAAAACCCUCGCCCCGCUGCCCAGCCGCAGGGUCUACUCCACCCUGGUGGAGGCUGGCGGGCAAGUGUUUGCCAUCGGGGGCUGCGAUGACAACGGGGUCCCCAUGGACUGCUUCGAGGUCUACUCCCCCGAGGCCGACCAGUGGACGGCGCUGCCCCCCAUGCCCACGGCCAGGGCCGGGGUGGCGGUGGCCACCUUGGGCAAGAGGAUCAUGGUGAUAGGGGGGGUCGGCGUGAACCAGACGCCGCUGAAGAUAGUGGAGAUGUACAACGUGGACGAGGGCAAGUGGAAGAAGAGGAACUCGCUGAGGGAAGCGGCCAUGGGCAUCUCGGUGACGGCAAAAGACUACAGAGUCUAUGCGGCCGGAGGGAUGGGGUGCGACCUGCGGCCGCACAACUACCUGCAGCACUACGACAUGCUCAAGGACAUCUGGGUGUCACUGGCGGCCAUGCCCACACCCAGGUACGCGGCCACCUCCUUCCUGCGAGGCACCAAGAUCUACGUGCUGGGCGGGAGGCAGUCCAAGUACGCCAUCAACGCCUUCGAGGUGUUCGACACCGAGACCCGAUCGUGGACCAAGUUUCCCAACAUCCCCAACAAAAGGGCCUUCUCCAGCUUCGUGCCCACGGAGGACAAACUCUUCAGCCUCGGGGGCCUGCGGCAGGGCCGGCUCUACCGGCAGCCCAAAUUCAUGAGGACCGUGGACGUGUUUGACAUCGAGCAAGGCGGCUGGAUGAAGAUGGAGCGCUCCUUCUACCUGAAGAAAAGGCGAGCAGACUUCGUGGCCGGCUACCUGAAAGGCAGAGUCGUCGUGGCUGGGGGGCUAGGGAACCAGCCGACCGUCCUGGAGUCGGCGGAGGCCUUCCACCCCGAGAAGAACAAGUGGGAGAGCCUGCCCCCGAUGCCCACCCCGCGCUGCGCCUGCUCCAGCAUCGUGGUCAGGAACUGCCUGCUGGCGGUCGGCGGGGUGAGCCAGGGGCUGAGCAACGCGGUGGAAGCCCUCUGCGUCUCCGAUUCCUAACAGAGCCCUGCCCCGAUUUGGGGACCCCGCUCCCUGCUGGUGCUGGGCCGGCUCCUGGUGGUGCUGAGCUGCGUGAGCAUCGCCUGAGCCGCCCCAGGAGCCUGCUGGAGGCUGACACCAGCCUUGCUCUGAAGCUGCUGCUCCCAUCCCUCCUGGGUGCUGCUGUUUGCGCCCUGCAGAGGGAAGGAGAUUUUGGCCAGGGUCCCCCUUGGUCAUCUGCAGAGCCCCGUGGGGAAAUCCAGGUGAAGGGACCGCUCGCAGCACUGGUGUGUGCCGUGUCCUGCCAGCAGAAAGGGCUCUGGGCAAGCAUCUCCCCACUGCCACCCUGACCCACCACGAAGGCGACGUGUUUGGGGAUCAGGAGAACCCAGCCAGGUCCACAGUGGUUCAGGGAGAAGGGACGCGAUGCCCUCGGAGCACCCUGGGGUCUGCGCGUGCUUCCCUGCACAGAUCCCCUCGGUUUGCAGCGAGGAAAACCCUGGACCCGCAGCCAGGCUGAGGGGAUCGUUCUUUUGCCUUCGUAGCAAGGCUUUCCCUGCGCACCCGUAGCAUUUCACUGUCACUUUGCCAGGAGCCGGAGCACGGGGCUGCCAGUGCUCCUGGGAGGGCGAAAUGCCCAAAGGACUGCUUUGGCAAGAGGCUGGCCCUUACCUUUGGCACAGGAAUGGCACUAACACGCCUUCGCAGGGGUUCACGGAGAGGUGGCCUCAACCUGCUCUGUUCCAGCCUGGAUUUUGGCUCCUCCAGUGAUUUGGGAUCUGCUGUUCGCUCCUGAGAGAAAGGAGCAGAACCGAGCCCUGCUGCUGGAGCUGGAGCCCUCUCCUGCCCCCGGGGCCAGGCAGUGGCUUUGGUGACAGCCUUGUUCCAGGGGUGAGGACAAAAAAACCCAGGCCCCACAGCCAGCAGCCCCCAGGCACCGCUCCCUCUUUGGGUUCAUCCUUCCCGGGCAGUUGGAGGGAGGGCUCGAGCCACCGGGAUACACUUCCAGCUUGUAGCAGCUGCCUCAUUAAAAGCUGUCUCCAGAAGAGCUCUCA